AUGGCAGGUUCCAUCCAGAACAUAGUGGCAACUCCGCUACAUGCUGUUGCCGAGUCGAACAUUGCUCUUGCUCAUGUGAACUUCGAUUUUUCACUGGUCAAAGUUGAGGCGCCUGCCGAACUUCAACCCGUGGGAAGGCAGCUUUCUCAAGCCCGGCGACAGUCUGCGGAAGACGGUUCAUUUCACAUUCUGGCCCGGCGACUAGGUGUGCUAUUUGAUGAUGUUCUGCCGGACGUACCACUAUUAUUGGAGGCGUAUGGGACUCGUGCUAGUGAAAUAGCCCAAGAGACUUCCCGGAGAUUACACCAACCGAGAAACAUCGUGGAUGGGUUCUUUGGAACUCACCUAGGCAUUGAUAGCACGACAAUAUGGGCUAGUGCAACUAGUGGCAGGUCGGUGCUUCGCAUUCAUCUUCUCGCGUGUUUUUUGGCCCGCAUCUGGACUCAUCAGGAAGCAACGGGGGUUUGGAAAGAUAUUGUAGAACAUCGCCAGGCAAUGAUUAGAAGACAAGCUCAAUCAUCUGAAAUUAUGGAUAACUACUUGGCGCAAUUAGCUGCCGCCCAUGAAAUCGACGAAGCGCUAUUAGCAAGCUGGGAUUCCAGUGCUCGAGCCUGGUUACAAAUUGCAGACCAGGCGAAGAAGAAAGAGCAGAUCCAGCCAUCUCCAAAGCCAAACAGCUAUGACAGUGUUAUGUCUAACUUUAACCGCGCCUUGACUGCGAUGGAAAGCUUGAUCAAGGGGGAGCCCCAAAGAAUAACAGACGCGGGAAUCAUGCUCGGCUUAACCUCGUGGCAUCUCUAUCCGGACUUGGUGGUACUUACAUCAAGUACGAAGGAGAUAUCCCAGAAAGAUCGACUGGUGAAGGAAGGUGGAAUCGUCACUAUUGCAAUUGCUCCCGAAACUGGCCCGCGUGCAGAUGGCGUAUAUUGGUCUUUGCCACUGGCGAGUCUUCGUUACUACGGCACUGUUAGACGAGAACGAUCCACUAUGCAUGACUCCAGAAUCUCAGUGGAACAGCUACAGGCCUUAGCACUUGGUGCUUCUUUGGGCUCUUAUGAUAAUGCAGUUUCUGCUGCAAAAUUCAUAGGGUCACUCUGGGGGCUCUUUCAUUACAUAUACCAACUCAAAUUGCAUCAGAUUGCUGAAAAACCACUGGAGCUUCCAGAAGACUUAUCACAGUAUAGUGUGGUUGACCUUAUCGACGAUCGGCAGUCACUUAGGUCAAUCAUGAAACUACUACAGCUGAUGUUCCCCCUCAGAGAUGGCAUCGAAUUGCUGCUUUCGGAUGAUUCUGGAGAGAGACAGAUCGCAAUGCAACUCUUGCGAUACGGCACCAACUAUGGAAGAUCCUGGCUUGGAAACGAUGCAAGCUCAUCGUCGGUGUUCCUUUGUCUAACCAAUCUGCAACCCCUGCUUGGAAUGAUUCGAUACUCUGGUGAACGAAUCCAUAUUCUUCGCACGCUAUGCUCCAAGUAUCAGCUCAACCCGUCUGAAUAUGUGAUUCGCUUCCGAACUCGGCACCACUCGUGGGCAUUCUCGCCUAUAUUACACAACCAUUCCGUAGGUGUUCAUGGUGGCAUGAAAAGGAAGCGGGAUGAAUAUGAGACAGCAGAUGCAGACAUUAUUGAGUGCGUCGAAGUCCCACCUGGAGAGGACUGGAUUUGCAUUGCUACACCAGCGACAUCGAGGGGACAUGCUGUGCCAACCAGCGCACCUGGUGCCUUCGAGGACAUAUUUGCAGAGCUUAUGGAAGACAACCCGCAGACCAGAGAAUCAGUUCUGUUUGACUUUGUAUUCGGGGAUCACAACCUCGCAGCCGUUUACAGAAGGCGAACCAUCCAGUCAUCACCCCGUAAUAAGCCACUUCCGAACACAGUUCCGCUGUCAAUGGUCCAAGACCUGCUUGAUAGUAAUGCUUUGAUGCCCGAGAAGGUGGCCGAAUACAUAUUGGACCGUUUCGGGUCGACACAAGCUCUGCAUGAGAACUCACUUCUCGCUCUUGGACGGGUAAUAGACUAUUACAAACAGUACUUGCCUCAGGCUAUGGUAUCUAUGAGCGUUAUAAAGAGCCCUAUGACCUCGUGGAAAUGGGUCCCAUCAUUGUUGCACCCGCUUGAUCUAUCAGCCUCUCUCGCCACGCAGCAAGCUCGCGAAGGGUCUAUUCCUAGCUCCGUUUAUCUGAGUCUACUAUCUCGAGAACAUGCAUUUGCAGCUAUCCUCCAGUUUGAGUCCGGUACAAUCAGUCUGGAUACCCCAGACCUUGAAACGGUGUUUGCAAUUUCCAGUGGCAACUCCCUUUUCAUUGCCAAGCAACUACUAUACGAUCCUACUCCAGCAGAUAGAAUCGCGCCCUAUGCUGUUUCUCAUGCCAUCGGAAACGUGGGGAAACCGGGUAUUGCUCUCCUCGUUUCCCCGCCCGAACUGGAGAUACGAGAACACACGCUUGAGCGGUGGCGCCUUGUCAACCAUCAUCCAUUUGAUGGAAACCCAGUGGGUGGAAGGUUUGACGGUACAUCGCUGCAUUUGUCAUUUACUGGAUGGGAUGGCCCUGUGAGCUUGGAUUCAACCAGCUACAGAACCAUGGAAGCCUACUAUCUUCAAACAACCAUCUCUGUCAAUGAUGGCGGGGAGUGGGUGGGAGAUGUGGAUAUCCUCAAAGGAUUGACUGAUGUCCAGAUCCUAGCUUAUCCUUCUUUCUCAAGAGAAUUAUGCAAUCACGAUUCUAGCUUCCAGACAGCCCUAUUACAAUCGGCCGGAACGAUGUCUAUCGAUUGUUGGGAGGAGAUUCUAGAUCCCCCUGGAGGUGUUCUCGUGCUCCGCUCCACACCGGUAACAUCUAAUGACUCCAGGAAUUGGCAAUGGAUGGUUCGAUUAGCUGCAAUAAGCAUGGCAUCUUCCAAGGGAUACAAAUGCUUCUGUUUACCUCUAGAUAGAGACAUUUGCUGGACCUGUGUUGUUGGACAGAUAGGUAUCGACGGAGGAAAGCAACUUGUCGUGUGCUAA